UGCUUAUUUGUUUCCAAUGCUUUUUUUACUUUGUAACAGCUUAUAAAAAACGUCUGAAGGAGCAUGGUAUUUUUCUUCCAUCUAGACUCAAGAUAUUUAGAACAAGAAAGAAAUUUAUGGCUGGGCCAUUUGAGAUAGAACCUAUCAGGGUGACCCAUUCUAUUCCUGAUUGUUGUGGAUUGGUUCUUUGCUGUUUUGAUGGUACUAUUCUUCACACUGGGGACUGGAAGAUCGACGAGACACCUCUGGACGGGAAAAUUUUUUAUCGCGAGGCUUUAGAGGAACUCUCUAAAGAAGGAGUAACACUGAUGAUGAGUGAUUCAACCAAUGUACCCUCACCUGGAAGGACAAUAAGUGAAUCUGUUGUUAAAGAUGCAUUAUUGAGGCAUAUUUCAGCUUCUAAAGGAAGGGUAUUCGUUGGCAUGUCUUUGAGGACAUAUUUAGAUGCAGCUUGGAAGGAUGGAAAGGCUCCAAUUGAUCCAUCCACUCUGAAGAAUGAAAAUGAUAGAUUGACAGCUGGACCGUUACUUAUUUGUCUAACUGUGAAAGCAGAGGAUAUUGAUGUUUAUGCUCCAAAGGAUCUGCUAAUUGUAACAACAGGAUCUCAAGCAGUUAAAAAUAUGUGA